CUUUAUUUUUUAUCGCUUUAUUUUUUUUCUGGGAUUUUGGGUUUCAUUCUUUCUAUACUCGUCCAUCUUCUCUGCUUGUGUCUGUAGGAUUCUCAUUUCUCAGCAGUUGUUCGAGCAAAAGACUGACGAGAGAGAGAGAGAGAGAGAGAGAGAGAGAGAGAGAGUGAGAGGGGGGGAGAGAGAGAGAGCAAGAAAAGAAAGAGUGAACGAGUGAAAAAAUAGAUAGAGUCUAGCGAGAGAGGAAGUCGCCGGGAAAAUGCUGCUGAAGCUGCAUGUUCCGGCGGGAUUCCGGCGAGUUUGAGUGGUGAAAAUCGAAAAUGCGAGAAACUUCGUUGGUUGACGAAGAACUAAACAACAGUAGCGCCAACGGUAACAAGAAGAAGAAAUCUGAAGGAGAUAACAAAGAAGUGAUCGAGGUAGCAGCAGCGACUACAGCCGUGGUGGUUCCGCCACCGUUCGUCGUCGGUCGGAGCCGAUCUCAGGCUAGUACUAGAAGGGUAGCACCGACAACCACCAUUACCAGUACCGCGUUCGGAGUUCCAACAACCGGCGUCGACGCCACUGCGAGCGCCUUCGUAGAGAAGGCUCUCCCAAACGGAGAUCUCUACACGGGAAGCUUUGUCGGGAACGUGCCGCAGGGGACGGGAAAGUAUCUCUGGACGGACGGGUGCAUGUACGAAGGGGAGUGGCGGAGGGGGAAGGCCUGUGGGAAGGGUAAGUUCUCGUGGCCGUCGGGGGCUACCUACGAAGGCGAAUUUAAGGGUGGGAGAAUGGAUGGGUUUGGUACCUUUAUCGGCUCCGACGGAGAUAUGUAUCGUGGUUCUUGGAGCGCRGAUCGGAAGCAUGGGUUUGGUGAGAAACGGUACGCGAAUGGUGAUGUGUACGAGGGUUCGUGGAGGCGUAAUUUGCAGGAAGGGCAAGGGAGGUAUGUGUGGAAGAACGGGAAUGAGUACGUAGGAGAGUGGAAGAGCGGCGUGAUUUCCGGCAAGGGGGUUUUGAUUUGGGCAAAUGGGAAUAGAUAUGAUGGCCAGUGGGAGAACGGCGUUCCGAAGGGAAAUGGGGUUUUCACGUGGCCGGACGGGAGCCGCUACGUGGGUAGUUGGGGUAAAGAUCUCAAACACCAGCAGCUCAAUGGCACUUACUACCCUGGCACUGUUAAGGAUUGGAGCUGUAACCCGAGAAGUCCAUUGGCCGAAGAUAAUUUUCUGCUGUCUACCAGGAAGAGGUCUUCGGUUGAUGGAGCGAGGGGGAGCUUGGCUGAGAGGAAUUUCCCUCGGAUUUGCAUUUGGGAAUCGGAUGGGGAAGCUGGUGAUAUUACUUGUGAUAUCGUAGAUAAUGUAGAGGCGUCGAUGUUUUAUCGAGACGGAACGAAUUUGGAUCAGGGACUGGAUGCUCUACGACGGAGAAGUCCAUGUUGUUUCACCGGCGAGGUUAAGAAACCCGGUCAGACGAUAUCCAAAGGGCACAAGAACUAUGAUUUGAUGCUUAAUCUACAACUGGGUAUCAGGUAUUCGGUUGGAAAGCCUGCUUCAAGACCCCGGGACCUUCGGCCGGCUGAUUUCGAUCCCAGGGAGAAGUACUGGACGAGGUUUCCACCGGAGGGAUCAAAGGUUACUCCACCUCAUCAGUCUGUGGAGUUCAGAUGGAAGGACUACUGCCCGAUGGUAUUCAGGCAUCUGAGGGAGUUGUUCCAGAUAGAUCCCGCGGAUUACAUGCUAGCCAUUUGCGGAAACGAUGCGCUGAGAGAGCUUUCUUCGCCAGGGAAGAGUGGAAGCUUCUUUUAUCUUACUCAGGAUGAUCGGUUCAUGAUCAAGACCGUGAAAAAAUCUGAAGUAAAGGUGCUUCUUAGAAUGCUUCCAAGUUACUACCAACACGUUUGUCGCUAUGAGAACUCCCUGGUCACCAAGUUCUUUGGCGUGCAUUGUGUCAAGCCCGUGGGCGGUCAGAAGACUCGAUUCAUUGUGAUGGGAAAUUUAUUUUGCUCGGAGUAUCGCAUUCAUAGGCGGUUUGACUUGAAGGGAUCUUCCCAUGGCCGAACAACUGACAAACCGGAGGGGGAAAUCGAUGAAACUACCACCCUCAAGGAUCUUGAUCUCAAUUUUGUUUUUCGCCUGCAAAGGUCUUGGUUCCAAGAGCUCAUCAGACAAAUUGAUAGAGACUGUGAGUUCUUGGAAGCGGAAAGGAUAAUGGAUUACAGUCUUCUUGUUGGUCUUCACUUCUGUGAUGAAUACUCAGGCGAUAAGAUGCUGCUCUCUCCAUUAGUUGUACCUUCUGGCAAGAGGGAUUCGUCUCAAGAUCAGAAGGGUUUCUAUGGGUGUAACUUCUUUGAAGCAACCCCAAAGGAAAUGGACCAGAUUCUGAAUAACCGGAAACCGUUUGUUCGCUUGGGCGCAAAUAUGCCUGCAAGAGCAGAGCAGGUGGUCAGAAGGAGUGAUUUUGAGCAAUUCAAUCCAGGAGGGGGCGGUAAUACAACCCCACUGCGUGGUACUGGUGAGAUCUAUGAAGUGAUCCUCUACUUUGGGAUCAUUGACAUACUCCAAGACUACGACAUCAGCAAGAAGCUAGAGCAUGCCUAUAAGUCCCUACAGGCCGACCCAACCUCCAUAUCUGCAGUUGAUCCAAAGCUCUACUCAAAGAGGUUCAGAGAUUUCAUCCGCAGAAUAUUUAUAGAGGACAGGUGAUCAAGUGGGUAAAAUUCCCAGACAGGAACACCAUGAUCAAUCGAUCAGCUGAUCGAGUUGCAGGCCAUAUCCCUCGGAGCUUGAACCAGGGGAUAUAGUAUGGUCCCCAGCGGUGGCCGGUUAGCAGCCCCUGAGCCUCGGUGGGACCAACUGGCAGUUUGCAGAUAAUUUGUCUGUCUUUCAUGGCUGAAAUUUAGAGGUCAGCCAUUAACACUGGGUGGGGUGGUGGGUCUUUGAUGGAUGGAUUUGUAAAUGUCUUAAACGGGCGGGGGAGAAUUUGAUUCUGAUUUUUUUCUUUAUUUCUUUUUUUUUGGGUAAUCAAGAAAUGUGAGGAUUUCGGAAGAUAGAUACAGGAAAACAGUGAGGAUGCUUCCGAGAGGAUUUUAAAUGGGGAUUGGAAAAUAAGAAGUGUACAGCUAAAGGAUAGAUUUUGCAAUUCUAAGAUAUUUUUUUUGUUCUCUUCUUG